GUUUAAAUGGGCCAAGUUAGAGAAGCGGCGGCGGCGGCGGCGGCGGAGGGAAAUCUUGUUUGGUCGGAGUCUCCGAACUGUGCGGUGACUUCUGAGCACCGAUCAAUCCGUCAGAGACCUCUCCGAGAUGUCAGGUAUUAGUCCGGAGGGGCAGAUCUGCGAGCCACACAGCAGCUCCCGGGUCUACGGUACAUUAGGAUCUCCGUGGGAGAGGGAUCCCAGACAGCUCUGCUGGGGAGCCAGCCCAGGAGAUUUGUUAGCGGGCUGCUCCGGGGGAUACCAGCCACCUCCGGCACCCGAGCGCCAAAGGUGCUUGUGCUGCUGCUGCUGCUGCUGCUGGCGCAUUUCAGCCAAACUCCAGCCAGAGCGAGGGCAACUUGAACCGGAGACAUUGGAGCCGCUGUGCUUUGGAGAGACGAGGGCGCACGGGGAGCGCGGCGGCACCAUGCCUGCUAUCAAGAAGGAGCGACUUGACAGGGAAGAGAUGGCCCUGGCAGCUUUUAACCAGCCCAUGGAAACCUUACCUGACUACCUCGCGCCUCUGGCCGCCGCUGCCAUCCCGGUGGUCACCCCGCACCCGCCGGCUUACGAGCAGAUCUUCGCCCACCGCGCGUACCUGGGCUUCCACGAGCCCCACCACCCCCACCCGCACCACCCCCACCACCUCCCCGAGGACCUGAUGCUGGAGAGGUUUUCCUCCAUCCCGGAUUUCCAGCCCUUCUUUGACAACGGAGAGCCUUGCAUCGAGGUGGAGUGCGGGGAGAACAAGGCGCUGCUCUACAUCAAUAAGUUGUGCCAAGGGAGCAAAGGACCCUCUAUCCGGUACCGGGGAGAGUGGCUCACCCCCAACGAGUUCCAGUUUGUCAGCGGCAGAGAGACGGCCAAGGACUGGAAGCGCAGCAUCAGGCACAAAGGGAAAAGUUUGAAGACUCUUAUGUCCAAAGGAAUCUUACAGGUACAUCCUCCAAUCUGUGAUUGCCCUGGGUGUCGAAUUUCGUCUCCAGUGAACCGGGGCCGCCUGGCAGAGAAGAGAACAAUCCCCCUGCCCCCCAGCAGGGUCCCCAAGAAAGAGCUGGGCUCCCUCUUCCACAGUGAGGACAGCCAGGAGAGCGACCAGAGCAAUGGGCAGCCCCCCGAAGUGAAGCAGGAGGAGGAUCUGCACAUCAGUAUCAUGAAAAGAAGGAUUCACACCCACUGGGAUUUGAACAUCUCCUUCAGAGAGACCUCCUGCAGCCGUGACAGUGAGCUGUCCUCCAUCAUCUCCAGCCUGCAGCAGAGCCGGCAGCUCGUGAUGCCCGACAGCCAGAGCCGCUGUGACCUCAAGAGGAGCAGCCUGGACGUGGGGCUGGCAGCUGCAGAUGAAAUUUUAGGCAAGAGAAGAGUAUGUUCACCCAACAGCAGCAGUGAGUGUCCUUUAGAGAGCAAGAAAGCCCGAAGUGAGUCCCCAAAGGAGACGUCGCAGACGGCGGCGCUGGAGGAGGCGGCGGCGCAGAUGACCCCCGAGGAGCACUACAGGCGCAUGAUGGCAGCGCUGGAGCACGGCUCCUUCGAGGAGCAGCAGCAGCAGCGCCUCUACCAGCUGGCCAACAGCAUGGCAGUGCCCAGCCACGGAGAUCUGCUCCGGGCGCGGCAGGAGGCGGCGGCGGCGGCAGCCCGGACCCCGGGCGCGAUGGAAGCGCACAUCCCCUCGGCCAGCAACUCGUCCAGCCAGCGCAGGAAGCAGGGCCUGCCGCAGCACAGGGACAGCCACUUCCCCGACAGGGAGAUCUCCCACCCACCUCCUCUGCUGUCGCCCCAGAACGCUCCCCACAUCGCCCUGGGACCCCACCUGAGACCUCCCUUCCUCGGGGUGCCCUCGGCGCUGUGCCAGACGCCAGGUUACGGGUUCCUGCAGCCAGCACAGGCAGAGAUGUUUGCACGGCAGCAGGAGAUGCUACGGAAGCAGAACCUGGCCAGGCUGGAGAUGUCGGCCGAGCUGCUCCGCCAGAAGGAGCUGGAGACGCUUCACCGGCAGCGGCUGCUGGGCGCGGAGCCGCUGAGCCUGCACCCCGCGCUGCCCCCCGAGCACCCCGCGCUGCGCAGCGCCCACGAGGCGCCCGAGGGCCCCGCGCUGCGCGACGAGCUGUCCCGCCGCAGCGCCAUGCUGGUGCUGCGCCACAGCAGCGCCCCGCUGCUCUCCCUCACCCCCGCCGCCGCCACCCCGCCCAAGGAGCAGCCCCGCCGGGCAGGGGCGGCCGCAGCCCCGCGGAAAGCGCCGCAGCCCCGCGCCGAGCCGCAGGGAGAGGCGCGGGAGCCGCGCGGCAGGGACGGCGCGCAGGACUGCAACGACGAGGACAUGAAGGACUCGGAGAGCGACGGCGAGGACAAGGCCGAGGGGAGCAAGGGCGAGGCGCAGGCGGCGGAGCCCAGGGAGGGCAAGGACGGCGCGGGCAAGGCCUGUGAGGGCGGCAAGGAGCCGGGCGAGCCCGCGGCCCCCGGCGCCGGCCCCGGCAGCUCCUCCAGCGCCGAGUCCCCCAGCCACCUGCUGGGGCCCGGCAUCAGCAAGGCCGAGGUGAAAUACCUGCCCCCGGCGCCCCUGGCCGCCCCACAGCCGCUGCCCUUCGGAUUCCCCUACACCGUGAGCCCCUACUUCCAUGCAGGCACCAUGGGAGGUCUGUUCCUGGAUGGGGAGGAGAGCCCAGCGCUGGAGGACAUCAGCAAAUGGACAGUGGAGGAUGUUUGCAGCUUCGUGUCCAACCUGUCUGGCUGCACUGAGUACACUCAGGUAUUCCGAGAUCAGGCCAUCGACGGGGAGACCCUGCCCCUGCUGACAGAAGAGCACUUGCUGAACAACAUGGGGCUCAAGCUGGGACCUGCCCUGAAGAUCAGGUCACAGGUGGCCCGGCGGCUGGGCCGGGUGCUGUGCAUGGCCGGGCUCCCGCUGGCGCUGCCGCUGCCGCCGCGGGCCCCGGAGCGGGAGGCGGCGGCCGAGCCCCGCCCGGCAUCCACCGGCAGCGUGGCCUCGCCCUUCGGGCCCGUCCCGCCCAGCAGGGGCUCCCCGAAACAGGAGAACGGCAGCGACACCCCCAAAGCCCCGUCCUAACUCCGCCCACAGAGCUUCUAUUUUUUAUUUUAUUUUUUUUUAUUUUUUUAUUUUUUUUUAAUUUUUUUGGUUGGUUCGUUUGGGGAAAAUAAAAAUGAAAGAACCACGGAGAAGAUUUCUGAACUGUCAAAAAAAAAAAAUAAUAUUAAAGGGAAGGAAGGAAACUUAUCCAAAGAUGUUGUGGAGGGACGACGCUGAGUGAAGAUGCUGAGGAUGGAGCAGCGUUUCUGUUCCCUUCACACUCCCGGGGAGCUGAGAGCCGGCACUGCAAUCAUGGACAGAUCACGGCCAGGCUGCUCUCUCUGCCUGCAGGACUCGGGCUGUGACUCCACAGCGAAGGGAAGGGGCCCUGCUCCUCCCACCGGUACUUCGAGCAAAAAAAAAAUACAGAAACCAUCCACAGCCAGCCCAGCCACCUUCCCAGAGCUCUCCUCCUCCCUGCAAACUGGGCUCAGUUCCUCAUUCAGGUGUUCUAUGCAUCUCUAGCGACUUUGAAAACAAUACCAAAGACAGAACAAAAAAAGGAUAAAAAGACAAAAAAAAAAAAGAGACAGAAAAAAAAAAAAAAAGGCAAGUUCCCGUCCAUGUUUACUUUUGGGAUGGUGCAGAGGCAGCCUGGGCUGUUUGGGAUUUUGUUUCCAGGAGCAGCAGUGAUGCUCUGGGGGAGGAGGAGGGGUCCCAGCCCCACUCCUGCAGCUGGGGUUGGUUUGUUUGCAGCCUUGCUGCAGAGGUGGAUGGAUUAUUGCACAUUCUGGCCUGCAGACAAUGGGCAAACAAUGAGUUUUUACUACUGUGAAUGAGCUGGGAACUCCUGGGGGUGACCUCCUGUGACUUGUACAGUUGAGAACAACAAUCACAUGUGGUACUUUUCUCUCUCCCCUCCCCCAAUCCCCUUUUUUUGGGGGGGUUUGUUUUUUGUUUAAACGUUGCACGUGCUGCCGUUUUUUCUUACAGAAUAGCUUUGGUGGUACUUUAGCUUCUUUAUAUUGUAAAAAAAAAAAGAAAAAAAUCAUUAUCCAUCACAUCACGAUAAAAAAAUGCUUUCCAGCAAUCAAUUUAAAUAAAAAAGAAAAACACUUAAUUUACAAAUGGUA